AUGAGCUUAUCUCUGAGUCUGUGGAGGAGAAAGCAGGUGUGGAUACAAUGGAAUCAGUCCUUAGGGAUCUGGACGAUUGGAGUGAUGAUGAUGAGCAUGAGGAAGAAUCUGUGGAGAAGGUAUCAGAAAUCAAGGCUCGCUACUAUGAGGAGCUGGGCACUAGUGCGACAAAACCAGUAUCAUCUUUGACACAGUCCCCGGUGCUAGAACUUAAACCAUUGCCUAGCCAUUUAAAAUAUGCCUAUCUUGGAAUAGAUGAUACUUUGCCAAUAAUUAUCUCUUCUUCCUUGACAGGUGAUCAGGAGCAACAGCUCCUAAGCGUGCUGAGAGAGCACAAGGAGGCAAUAGGAUGGACUAUUGCAGAUAUCAAAGGGAUCAGCCCUUUGAUUUGCACUCACAGGAUAAUGUUGGAAGCUGAGUGCAAACCCAUAGUGCAACCAUAGAGGCGACUUAACC